AUGGCAAAGCCAAUUGAAAAGAUGAAGCCGGAGGAGAUCCUCACAGCGUCCAAGAAGCUGUUCUUUGGCGGUUUCGCCCUCCUGCCCAUGCUCUGGGUCUACAACAUCUUCUACGUCUGGCCUGUCAGGAAUCGUGCUGAUCUCAGUCCACAAGUUCGCCAUUAUAUGCUACUGUCUGGAAUACUGUCGGUGGUGCUGUUUGUAGUGUUCUCUGCAUGGUUUGGAAUCUUUGUCAACCAGCGUCUGAACUGGGGUACCACCGGUGACACCCUUACUGUCGUCCUUGUCAAGGGUGUUUAA